UUAAUCAUUUCCCAGUACCAUCACUCAUCCAACAGUGAACAUCAUCAUGUCGGUACCCAAGCUCUACUACUUCGACAUCAUGGGUCGGGCGGAGAUGAUUCGCCUUGUGCUUGCUGCUGCGGGGAAGCCGUUUAAAGAUAUCCGAUUUUCAUUCGAGGAAUGGCCGAAAUCGUACCAAAAAAAGUCUCCUUUUGGCUUGUGUCCGUGGGUCGAAAUAGACGGUGAAGUUUUCGGACAGUCAGUGGCCAUCGCAACAUACUUCGCCAGACAGAAUGACCUCUACGGGAAAACCGACAAGGAAUGUCUUCAAAUCGAUCAGUUGUUGAACGUCAUUCAGGACUUUCUCGCCCUAUCUACCAAGAUUUUCAAAGAAACAGAUAAAGACAAGAAGGUGAACGAUUCUCUAAAAGCUUAAAUUACUGAACCAUUACUGACUUUGCCUCUGCUCGAGUAAUUCACAUCAAAGAAAUGGCUCAUUAACUUUUUCAUUCUCUGUAUUGUGUGUUCU